GCAUGAGCUCUGCCACUCUGAACGAGGCAGGCUGAACAGGUCGUGUGCUCUCGCUCUCGUUCACUUCCCCCUCCUUUCUUCGCUUCCCUCAUACAUCUCUUUGGCACCCCUGUCGUCUUUUUCUUUCGGAAAAUCCGCGUAUCCCCUCCACACGUCGCCAUGUACCGGUAUUUUGGAGAGCUCCUCAGCCGCGGAGCUGGCAGUGCCCUGGCCUCGGGAUGCGUCGAGUCUGCUCUACCGGCUUCCUCGUCUUUGGCGCGGAUACGCCACUACAGCGAUGCCGCAGAGAAAGAAGACGACCCCAACUUCUUCAGGAUGGUGGAGGGCUUCUUCGACCGCGGCGCUGCCAUAGUAGAAAACAAGCUGGUGGAGGACUUGAAGACGAGGGAAUCAUCCGAGCAGAAGAGGCACCGAGUGAGGGGGAUCCUCCGGAUCAUCAAGCCGUGCAACCACGUCCUUAGCGUGUCGUUCCCCAUCAAGCGAGACAACGGAGAAUGGGAGGUUAUCGAGGGCUACCGAGCACAGCACAGCCAGCACAGAACUCCCUGCAAGGGGGGUAUCAGGUACAGCAUGGAUGUGUCUGUGGAUGAGGUCAAAGCCUUGGCCUCACUAAUGACUUACAAAUGUGCUGUUGUGGAUGUGCCAUUUGGAGGUGCUAAAGCUGGAGUCAAAAUCAACCCCAGAAAUUACUCUGACAAUGAGUUGGAGAAAAUCACUAGAAGAUUCACUAUUGAGCUUGCUAAAAAGGGAUUCAUUGGACCUGGCAUUGAUGUGCCUGCCCCUGACAUGAGCACUGGCGAGAGGGAGAUGUCCUGGAUUGCUGACACUUAUGCUAACACUAUUGCCCACACCGACAUCAACGCUCAUGCCUGUGUGACAGGAAAGCCCAUCAGCCAGGGUGGCAUCCAUGGCAGAAUCUCAGCCACCGGCCGCGGAGUCUUCCAUGGCAUUGAGAACUUCAUUAACGAGGCAUCUUACAUGAGCAAGCUGGGCUUGACACCCGGCUUUGAGGACAAGACCUUCAUCAUCCAGGGUUUCGGUAAUGUCGGCUUGCAUUCCAUGCGUUACUUGCAUCGUUAUGGAGCUAAGUGUGUAGGCAUUGCUGAGAUUGAUGGAAGCAUCUGGAACCCCAAUGGCAUUGACCCCAAGGAACUGGAGGACUACAAACUGCAACAUGGCACCAUUGUUGGCUUCCCUAAUGCUCAGCCCUAUGAAGGUAACAUUAUGGAGGCUGAGUGUGACAUCCUCAUCCCUGCUGCAGGAGAGAAGCAACUGACCAGGAAGAAUGCUCACAACAUCAAAGCCAAGAUCAUUGCAGAGGGUGCCAACGGGCCCACCACACCUGAUGCUGACAAGAUCUUCCUGGAGAGGAACAUCAUGGUCAUCCCGGAUAUGUACCUGAAUGCUGGUGGUGUGACUGUCUCCUACUUUGAGUGGCUGAAAAACCUGAACCAUGUCAGUUACGGCCGCCUGACCUUUAAGUACGAGAGGGAUUCCAACUAUCAUCUGCUAAUGUCUGUGCAGGAGAGUCUUGAGAGGAAGUUUGGAAAGCAAGGAGGCCCCAUCCCAGUGGUCCCUACUGCUGAAUUCCAGGCCAGAGUAGCUGGUGCAUCUGAGAAGGACAUUGUGCACUCUGGUCUUGCCUACACUAUGGAGAGGUCUGCAAGGCAAAUUAUGCGCACGGCUAACAAGUACAACCUGGGCUUGGACCUGAGGACAGCAGCAUAUGUUAAUGCCAUCGAGAAGGUGUUCAAGGUGUACAAUGAGGCUGGCCUGACCUUCACAUAAAUUCCCUGGUCUUUCUUUUCUUUUACCUCUGCCAAACAAUCCAUCCUCUCUGUAUCAGCCCUACACCCAGUCUCUGCCCCACAGUGCUACAGCCUUUUGACAUACCGAGAGUUUACGAGCUGAACCCCUAAUUGUCUCCACACUAGAUUAUUAUUAUUAUUCCCUCCACAUUCAUUCACACCCCCAAAACAUGUUAAUGCAGAUUUGUGUAGAAAAUCUCUGUGCUGUUCUGAGGCUCUGUGCUAGUUUCUGUAUUCUGCUGUACAGUAGAACAUGUAGCCUUCAGUCUGGAAACUGGCAGCAUUGUUUCUGCAGUACUUCAUAUUGUUAUAAUGUUAUUCUGUCCAGUCUAUCAGACAAUUGUGGUAGUUUUUAUAUUGAUCCACCGUUAACUAAUGAGGUCCUAUAUAAAUGCAGUACUAGCUCAUGAGUAUUGUCCGUUGUUCGCGGUAUUUUCCUUUCACUGUGAUUUUGAGUGGCUGUAUGUCAAGCCAACUUUGAAUCAGAGCGAGGUGUACAGUAUUUUUGUUUUUUGUCAGCCCUCGACAAUAGAUUUAGGUUAAUUUAUUUUUAGCCUAUGUGUGUCUCAAACCUUGUGAACGCUAAUUGCCAUAGUAUUGAAAGACAGCACUAAAGAUGCCUUAGACCUGAGAGCAGGAGUUUUAUACUCAGAGGAGUUAUUUCUUUUUACCCAGAAGAUCAAACUGUUCCAGCCAUGCCUAAAGUCCGUCCAACUUUCAGUAUUUUGCCUUGGAGACGUGCAGAAUCUGUUUUGUUUUGUUUCGUUUUGUUUUGUUUUGUUUUUUUCCGUUUUAAAAUGUUUGACUCAUACACCCAUAUCUUGUAGGCAUUGAUUCCACUGGUUGUUGACUCACUCCUGUCUGACCUGAAUGUCAAAGCCAGUACACUGAGCAAGUCUUUAGUCAGGUGUGCGCAGGUGACGGCAGCUCAUGUGGGAACAAAACCAUUUACAAAGCUUGUCUACAGCUUCAUCAGGAAAUUUGUGUUGGAAAUUUGUAUUGCCUUUUUUGUUGAGAAUAAAAAUGACAGUAAUUGUU